UCUGGAUAUAGCGGACAUAUCUUCUAAUCAUGAAAUUGCCCAUUGUGCUAUUGGCCUUUAUGGGCAUUGCAACACUGGUUUCUACAAAAAAUGCCACGGUAGCCGACAAAUCCUACCUGGAGAAACAGAAAUUUCUUUACGAAAUUGUCUAUCGCAUUGAGGAUCCGUUGAUGUUUGAAGAGUGGAUAAAGCUAGGAAAACAUUUAAUUGUUGAGAAAUCUUUUUACGACCACUAUGACAUCCACAUGGAAAAGUUUUGGGAAUCCUACAAGGAGAAGGCUCUCUUGCCCAAGGGCGAAUUUUUUGGCAAUCUUGUCAAGUCUCAUUAUAUGCAAACAUGGGGACUUUUUAAUUUCUUCUACUAUGCCAAGAAUUGGGAAGUGUUCCAGCGAAAUGUUUGCUGGGCCCGUAUGCAUGUCAACGAAGGCAUGUUCGUACAUGCUCUUACUUUGGCGAUAAUACAUCGAGAUGACUUUGUUGGUCUGAUGCUUCCCUAUAUCUAUGAGAUAUUUCCGCAGCAUUUCUUCGACAGCCGAUUCAUUUACGCUGCCGAGAAAUUCGAUUUCAAUAUCUGGAGCAAGUAUGCAAUGUACGAGAAACAGUACCUUGAUGUCUAUUACAAGAACAACAACAACAAUGACAGCAUGGGUAGUUAUGUUCACAUGAAGGACUGGAAAAUGUGGCAAUGCACUAUGGUGCAAUGGUGGAAACUGAUGGGUCUGGACAAACAGUGGUACAUGGAGGAUAACUAUAUGUUGCGCGAAAAUAUUUACAAACAUAACAAAGAUUCGCAGUGGCUGUCAAUGAUGAGGGAUGUUAAAAUGAUGUGGAUGCCCGUCGACUACACCCGUGACAUUGACUUUGCCAAUGAAGAGUUGAGGCUCUCCUAUUUCACUGAAGACGUGGAAUGGAAUGCCUUCUGGUACUACAUUAAUAUGGACUAUCCCUUCAAUUUGGAUGGUAAAACUUUUCAGUUGCAGAAUGAUCGUCGUGGAGAAUUUUGGAUGUAUGCUAUUCAGAAACUAUUGUCCCGUUAUUAUAUGGAACGUUUGUCUAAUGGUUUGGGCGACAUUCAUCGCAUUUCACGUUCGCAAUCUUUUGAGCACGGUUAUAAUCCACGACUUGUGGCAUAUAAUGGUCUCGGUUUCAGUUAUCGGAAAGACUACUAUCACCUUUACGAUUCGGGUAACUUUGAUAUGCUAGAGAGACUACGUGAGUUCUUUGCUCGAGUCGAGCGAGUGGUUGAUUUGGGUUACUAUACAAUGAAAGAUGGCACUGUUGUGGAUUUGCGUAAUCCAGAUGCUGCAGACAUGAUUGGAAGUAUUUUACAGGGGAACAUUGAUGUUAUGGACAAAUACUUUUUCAAUUAUUGGUAUUUGUAUUCUCACAUGUAUGUGGCAGAUGUGGGCUUUAAUGAUGUGGAAGUAGUUCCUCAUGCGUUCCUCAACCUCGAAACUGUUGUCAGAGAUCCAUUGUUCUAUAGCCUCCAUAAGCGAAUACUUGAUGUAUUCUACCGCUUUAAAGAUUCAUUGGGCCCUUACCAGCGCGAAGAACUCUCGUUUCCGGGUGUUUACAUUAAGGAUGUGAAGGUUAGUGAAAUGGUGACAUACUUUGAUCUGUUUGACUAUGAUGUGACCAAUUUGAUAAAUGGCAAGAUGCGAUUUGUUGAUGGCGAGUUUAAAUGGGAGAAAACAUUAUUGGCGCGUCAAAUGCGUCUAAAUCACAAGCCAUUCAACUUUGAAAUUACCGUUGAAUCGGACAAAGCUCAAAAGGUAUACGUUCGCGUCUUUCUUGCACCGAAACACAACGAGUUGGGUCAAAUUAUACCACUAAAUGAAAAUCGCUUGAACUUCUUCUCGUUCGACAAAUUCUCAUAUGAAUUAUCGGCUGGCCUGAAUACUAUAAAACGCAACCCGGCCGACUACAAAUUCACUUCGCCAGAUUCGCUAACCUACACCGAAAUGUAUCACUACAUUAAAUUGGCUUACGAAGGCAAAUAUGAGUUCCACCUAAAUAUGAGCUAUCCACAUUUCUCCUUCCCGAAUCGUCUCAUGCUGCCACGUGGCUGGGCACAAGGCAUGCCAAUGCAACUAUUCUUUAUGGUCACUCUGGACGACGAUGACCACGAACAGUUCGACUAUACUUUCUCAUGUGGUUUAGGAUCUGGUCGCCGGUGGUUCGACAAGAAAUCCUUAGCUUAUCCAUUUGACAGGGAAAUUGAUGAGCACGAUUUCUAUGUGCCCAACAUGUACUUUAAGGACGUUAUGAUCUAUCAUCAGGAUAAUUUAAAGUUCUACCGCCAACACAAUUACACAAACUACGGUCAUUUUGAUUACAAAUACUUUGAGAACUAUUAUACCAAAGGUUUAAUGAAUUAAAAUAUAAAGAGAUAUGUCAAU